CCAUGUCACUAUAUAUAGGGCUGAGAUAGAGUGCCGGCUUUUACUCCGACAGUGCGCCAGUAGAUCACCACAUCCGUUUGUGUGCAAGGAGAACAACGUUUUUUAUUUCCAGCUGUCUGAACUAAUGGGAAAACUCUUUGUAAAUGCGUUUUAAGAAUUCUUGCUUGAGAGAAGUACACACUGGCCCUGGCCUUGAGGCUUAUCUGAAAGGAUUCAACUUCACUGGUGAACCUCCGUGGCUGUCUGACGUCUGUUAGCCACCUUAUAAUUCCAUCUCUUCCAUUCAUCUGUUUUUUGCUAUCAACUCUUGAACAAACACAAUGACCACUUUGACUGGAUCAGACUUUGACUUCACCUUCCUGGAGGAGGGAUUCUGUGCACGUGAUAUCGUGGAACAGAAGAUCAACGAGUCAUCCUUAUCAGAUGACAAAGAUGCCUUUUACGUGGCUGACCUGGGUGACGUCCUGAAGAAGCACCUCCGUUGGUUGCGCGUUUUACCCCGCAUCACACCGUUCUAUGCAGUGAAGUGCAACGACAGCAGGGCUGUCGUCACGACGCUGGCGUCUCUGGGAGCUGGAUUCGACUGUGCGAGCAAGACGGAGAUCCAGAUCGUGCAGUCUGUGGGUGUGGAUCCCAGCAGGAUCAUCUAUGCCAACCCCUGCAAGCAGGUGUCUCAGAUCAAAUACGCCUCUACUCACGGAGUGCAGAUGAUGACAUUUGACAGUGACGUGGAGCUCAUGAAGGUGGCCCGAUGCCAUGAUAGUGCCAAACUGGUUCUCCGUAUCGCCACUGACGACUCCAAGGCCGUGUGCAGGUUAAGUGUGAAGUUUGGUGCCACAUUAAAGAGCAGCCGUCUGUUGCUGGAGAGGGCGAAGGAUCUUGGGCUGGAUGUGAUUGGAGUCAGUUUCCAUGUGGGCAGCGGUUGCACUGAUCCUGAGACAUACAGCCAGGCAAUCUCAGACGCACGCUAUGUUUUUGACAUGGGGGCGGAGCUGGGAUAUAACAUGACCCUGCUUGAUAUUGGCGGAGGCUUUCCAGGCUCAGAUGACACCAAACUGAAAUUUGAAGAGAUCGCUGCUGUGAUUAACCCUGCACUGGAUAAAUACUUCCCUGCUGACUCUGGCGUGAGGAUAAUUGCCGAACCUGGCCGCUAUUAUGUGGCGUCUGCAUACACGCUGGCAGUCAACAUCAUUGCCAAAAAGGUCAUCAUGAAGGAGCAAUCUGGUUCUGAUGAAGAAGAGGAUGGGACCAAUGACAGAACCUUGAUGUACUACGUGAAUGAUGGCGUUUAUGGUUCCUUCAACUGCAUUCUGUACGACCAUGCGCAUGUCUUGCCCACUUUGCACAAGAAACCCAAGCCUGAUGAGCGCAUGUACCCAUGCAGUAUUUGGGGCCCGACCUGUGAUGGGCUCGACCGCAUUGUGGAGCAAUGCAGCCUGCCUGACAUGCAGGUGGGCGACUGGCUGCUUUUCGAGAACAUGGGUGCCUACACUGUAGCUGCGUCCUCCACCUUCAAUGGCUUCCAGAAACCUGAUAUUUAUUACAUCAUGUCCCGAACAGCCUGGCAAUGCAUGCAGCAGAUCCGUGCCCAGGGGAUUCCACUUCCUGCUGAGGAGCAAUGCACUGGAAACAUGCCAUCACACUGCGGACGCGAGAGCACCUUGGACGUGCCAGCCAAGCCAUGCCCUACUCAAGUGUUGUAACGCUCUUCGAUGCUGACUACCACAGCUAGAACCAGUUCUCAUUCAGACAGAGUUUAUCAUGUAGUUUACACACAAACCCUGUCUUGGUCCAUCAUAUUCAAAUUUGUGCAAUUCAGUAACUUCAAUUAACUAUUCUAAAUGCAGCUCUUUUGCCGCUUGUUUGUAAAAAUUGCAAACGUUCAGAUCUGAAAGACGCACAGUUUGUCUGACAGUCCUGUGGCUGUCUUUUUUUCUUUUUUUACUCAUUUUUUUUUUUUUAUAUAUAUAUAUAUAUAUAUAUACUUGUAAUUUGAGGCCAGAUACUUGAGUGGAGGAUACAAAGGAGGUUUAAAUGUAUGUCUGAUUUUCUGUGUUGGAGGAAGGUCUAUUCCUGAACUGAUUCCCCCUCUUAAACAUCCAAAUGGAAGACAUGCUACUUUCCAUGGAGGAGCAUUAAGAGAUUGUUGGGAGAACAUUUCAUGAAAUGGCUGCUGUUCAGUCUAAUUUGAAACGGAGAUCUCACCCUUCACAAAGACACAUACAGAUUUACUCCUCCUCCUCAGUGACCAUUUCACUUUUUUACUUGAUUAGUAACUUAAUAUUAAUAUUAUUGACCAGAAAUAUGUAUUAUUGACCUGAAAUGUAUGCCACUGAUGCAUUUGAAGUGGAAAUGAAAGAGAUGGGAUUGCAUUUAUUAUUGCUUUCCUAUGGAAACUUUUUUUUUUUUUUUCUUUUUUUUUUUAAGUUUUGUAUUUUUAUAUAAAUAAAGGUAGCUGUAAAAAUGUU